AUGACUUGGGAACUCACCCGGCGCCGCAUCGCCCGUGCGGCCAACAGCAAGUUCAUCUUCGAUCGCAUUCCACUACUCCAUGCUGUUAUUUUCUUUAUUGAGAUGAUGGUUGUGGCACGCCUUGUCACGAGGUUCAACGCCUACUAUGACGAACGACCAGUUCUCACCAUGAUGGUGACCAACGCCGUCCUGGGUGGCAUCGCCGAUACGGUAGCCCAGACCAUUACCUCUGUGCGGGAGAGGGCCUUGCGCAAACCCGGCGGCAUCUCCAAGGAGGAUCCCGUAGCAGUCGAGAUCCACGAGCUCGACCGCAAGAACCCAUUAUACGAGCGCGAUCUCAUUCCCGAUUCCAAGCUGCUUCCUCCUCCAUUCGACUUUGAGCGUCUCACUCGCUUCAUGGCGUACGGUUUCGCCAUGGCGCCUGUGCAGUACAAGUGGUUCUCGUUCCUGUCGCGCGCAUUCCCCAUCACCAAGGAGGCUUCUUUUGGUCCGGCAAUGAAGCGCAUGGCGUUUGACCAGCUGGUGUUUGCGCCCUUUGGUAUCGCCUGCUUCUUUACGGCCAUGACGGUCGCAGAGGGCGGUGGCCGCAGGGCUGUCUCCCACAAGCUGAGAGACAUGUACGUCCCGACUCUGAAGGCAAACUUCAUGGUCUGGCCUGCUGUGCAGUUGAUCAACUUCAAGCUCAUGCCUGUACAAUUCCAGCUGCCGUUCGUUUCGACUGUCGGUAUUGCUUGGACUGCCUACCUGUCGCUUACCAACUCUUCCGAGGAGGUUCCUCAGGCCAACGAGGCUAGAUCGCCCAACAUUCGCCUUCCCUAA